AUGGCAAUCUUCGACACAGAAAAGCGCCCUCGAGGCCUGCGAGUUCCCUCGCUCGCCGCGAUGAAGUCCUCAGCAAUGGCGAAAUCGCAAUUCUCGUUCCACAACAAGAAGUCGACCGAAUCCGUUCCGUCCGACGAGGCAAUGUUCACUUCGCAGCCGGCAGCAUUCCUCACGACGCCACUACCCAAGCCGGCACCCCCGCCAAACAAGGAGCUCCCAUCUCCCCCGAAAGAAGAAAUUCCAGCGCCGUCGCAGACCCCAUCCGACAACCCAUACUUCCCUUCGGUCCCCUCAUCCCGAAAUGGGAUCCCAGCACGGCGCCCAAUCGAACGCGUCCCAAUCUCAGGACAAUCUGCAUCUCCCCGGCCAACAGGAAUGCGCAACAAGCAAUCGCACCCGGAUCUUAACGGGACCCACCAGCAACCACCCCCAGUGACCCUCUCCCCGGCACCUCCAGUCCCGGCCCCAGCACAAGUCCCAGCUCUGGUCAACGACGCUCACUCCCCACAACCGGAAGAUUUCAUCCCGACCCCAGACAGCACGGAGCCGCCACUUGCAGUUCCGGAAAUGGCACGCGAGGAGCUGGCCCCCUCGCCAUUUGUCCCCCCGGACGUUGAACCUGUGGCGCCGGCCUUGAACAAGGUACACCUUGCGUGCUACCAGCAGCACCGUGUGAUGCCCGUGGCACAGAACAUGUGGUGUCCGAUGCCAUGCAUGACCUGCCAUAAGUUCGACAUUGAGAUCCGGCACCGCUGCGUGUUCUGUUGCCUGAGGAUCUGUGAGAGUUGUUUCCAGUCACUGCAGAAAUGCAAGAAUCGUUCGGUAGAGGAGCUGGUGGAUCGUAUCUCCGCAUGA